AUGGCCCUUGCCCUCAAGAAGUUUACAGAGCAACGCAAUGUGUUCAGCGGCGCCCACGGAGCGCGCAGCCCCUUUUGGCACCGAGGCCUCCAGGUGCCCAGCGCGAAGGCGGAGCCCGGCUGCAGCCGCCUCCCUGGCGCCAAGGAGAAGACCCCACCCCCCCACCCCCGGGAGUCCGUCGCCCCGGCACUCGGGUUCCGGCGUCCCAGGCCUGCCCGGUCUCCGCGCUCCUCCCUCCCGGAGCGCCGGGCGCGCAGCUUGCGAGGCCGGAGCAGAGCGCAGCGCGCAGCGCCCAGUGGCGCCGCUGGGCAGUUCCCGGGGCAGCCAGAGCGCAGGCCGAGCCCGCACCCGACGCGCCGGCCCGCGGACCCCGGGACUAUGGCUGCCGAGGGAGCCGGCCCCCGAGGCCCGGCGCGCAGCCGCCUACCAGGGCUCUGGGCAGCAGCGCUGCUCCUGCUCGGUCUGCCGCGCCCCUCCGUGCGGGCGGAUGGGAAACUCUUUGUGCUGGAGUCUUGGAAUGGCUCUCAGAGCCUGGCACUGGAGGCGGCUCAACUUUCCUGCAGGAGCAGGGGUGCUCACCUUGUGUCUGCAGAUGAGCUGCGGAGGAUGAUCCAGGACUGCGCCGUCACGGUGUGCACCACGGGCUGGCUGGCAGACGGCACCCUCGGGACAACCGUGUGUGGCAAGGGGAGUGGCGAACAGCAAAUCGUGAGAGCUGUCGAUGUGAGAAUUGAGAGCAACCCGGUUCCUGGUGGCACGUACAAUGCCCUUUGCAUUAAGGAUGAAGACAAGCCCUGUGGAGACCCGCCGUCCUUCCCACACACCAUCCUGCGUGGACGCACCGGCUUGGAAAUGGGGGAUGAGCUGCUAUACGUGUGUGCCCCAGGCCACGUCACGGGCCAGCGUGAGACUGCCUUCACCUUGUUGUGCAACGGCUGUGGGGAGUGGUAUGGCCUGGUGCAGGCCUGCGGGAAAGAUGAGGCUGAGGCACACAUUGACUAUGAAGAUAACUUCCCCGAUGACAGAUCUGUGUCCUUCAGAGAGCUCACGGAGAGUUCCCGGACAGAGGCAGAGGUGGACAGGGAUCAGGGAGAGGCCUCUGAGGAGACUCCGAAGCAAGACCGCCUGGUUUUCAUUUCUGUGGGGGGAGAAAACAAAAGCCGGGAUAAAGCCUUUGUUCCAACCACGGGCUUGCUCAGUGUUGGGAGCGCUGUCCCCGUAGACCUGCCGGGAUCCCGGCUAAACCAGAGGUACCCAUUCCGGUUACCUACCGAGACUGUCCACAAGCCUGAAUUAGAAGAAGACAUGGAUGAUGACACCAAAAAGCAGUUUCCUGCUGGCGACAGCCACAGUGGUGUCAGACUGGACCUAGGGGAACCUGAAACCAAGGUGAUCUAUAGUGGCACUGAGGGCCCCUCAGGGUCAUUUGUGAGCAGGAAUGACAGCAAGGCAGGGGAUCCGACAGUGAGCAGCAGUGAUGAGUCCUGGUUGGAUGGCUACCCUGUGACCGAUGGGGCCUGGAGAAAGAUAGAGGUGGAAGAGGAGGAAGAUGGAGACAAGGGGGAUGGGUCAGAGGGACUGGAUGAAGGUGUUCUAGCUACUCCCGACCAGCCCAUUCUUGUAGAAGUUAAGACGUUCAAGAGUACCACCCUCACACCAAGUGAGGACAUGACUGUGACCCAUAAUUCAAUUCUUCCAUCUCAAAUGCUAGAUAUGGAGGUGUUGACUCUCAGACCCAUGAAUGUGUCUGAGACUGAGGGCUCCAGCAAGGGGGAUGGUGACAUGACCAGGUACCAGUCAAUUAUACCUUGGAGAUUUGUCACAGAGAAGUCUCCCAUGGACACUGUACCCUAUGAACUUACCAACUCUAUUCUGGACACACUAACAACUGCUGUCCAGCAGAUGCCUGACCAUAUCCCCACAACUAUCAUGGCGGCCACCCAGCCGCCAGUAGAGACCACUGCUCCUGAGGUCCAGAAUAGCUUUCCAUACCUGCUGUCAGAGGACUUCUUGGGACAGGAAGGCCCUGGCCCAGGUGCAAGUGAGAAGCUUCAUCCAACAUUGGAGCCAUGUGUGGGGCACGGGUGUUCCAACCUCAGCAGAGGCCCUGUGAUUGCCACCAUUGCCACUGUCCUGUGCCUACUGCUGCUUCUGGCAGGCGUGGGGGCAGUGUGGGGUUACCGCAGGUGCCAGCACAAGAGCUCCGUGUACAAACUGAACGUUGGCCAGCGGCAGGCUCGGCACUACCACCAGCAGAUUGAGAUGGAGAAGGUCUAGCCAGCUUUGGAAUGUGUUCUCCCAAAGCCACCUGGGAGGAAAAAGAAAGAAACUGGGACCCAUCACACUGAUAAAUUCUGACAGUUCACUGCGGCAUGAAACAAGUAGAACAGGGCAUAUUUGUUCCCCCCUUGGGUCUUCGGAGGCACCUGGCAGGGCAGGAAGGCUGUGGUGUUUCCAUCACACACGCCAAUAUCUCCACAGCCAUUCUGCCCUGGGAUUUAUUGCACUAAUCCCAGGUGUGUGCUUAGGCCCUAAUUCCAACGUGAGGUGAAAAAUCACUCCUUGUUUCGUUGUCCUAUUGUCUUUUCCUUUUUUAAAAAAAAGAUUAGCUACUCCACGCCCUGAAAUUUUUAAAAUAAGAGUGAUAAACGGAACAUUUGGGAGCAGCGUUAUUGAGGACACAAGAUAUCUCAUGGUGUAGAGUGGGGUAUGGAGGAACGAUGGGUUGUUCCCUUUUGAUACUGCGACAUUGCUGUGAGCAAAUGAGCCAGAAACCAAGAUACAGCCCGGAAGCUUUGAGGUUUCUUUUUUGUUGUUUAUUGCCAUUUAAGACUGCCCUCAGGGAUUGGAGAGAAUGUAAGGAGGACAUUUUGUUGGGGGCAGGUGAAGAGUGUGAAGGGACACACAUCCAUCUCUGUUCCCUCAAGUCUGUGGGCCAGCCCACUGCUUUUUACAAACAAGGUUAGCUUUGUACCAAUAAGCAGCGUUUCCUCUCGGAAGCAGUGGCCUAGUUGUCCCCCACCAGCCUGUGUCUAGGGAUGUCUUGACAUUUUCACCAGGACUGACAAAACUCAGUCCUUGGUUUCCUCUCUUAGGAUUAACCAUUUCUCUGAACUCCAAUAAGAGGGAAUGACAUGGGCAAAAAAAUAUUUUAAGGGGGCCAAAGACUUGGCUAUCAAGUCUGGGUUCCUACUUGAUGGGAAAAGCAGAGGACUUGACAAGGGCUGUGGUAUGAUCUGUGCUGUUCUAUUCUUUGCUCUAGUUUGGAAAUUGUGAGCUCUAUAGAAACAGGGUCUAUCCUGACUAUUGAGCAACCCAUUGUAUAGCAUCUUAGAUCACUUCACGGUGGCCCAGCAAGUUACAUUAUGAAAGUGAUUCUCAAAGCGUGGACCCUAGAAGACCAGCAUCAACAUCACCUGAGAACUUGUUGGAGGUUCAAAUUCUCGAGUCCCACCCCAGACCCAUGACACAGAAACCCUAGGGGUGGAGCCCCACUAUUCUGUGUUUUAACAAGCCCUCCAGGUGAUUGUGAUGCACACUCAGGCUUGAGAACCGUGGGGUUUUGGUAACAUAAAUCAUGAGCUUUGAGGCAAACUGAAGACAUAGCACAGCAGACGAAUAACAUCUGUGGUCUUACAAGGACGUCGAGCAUGGUCAGGAACGGGUUCGUGCACUAGCGUCAGCAUCUGAAGCUACCAAAAUGCCAUCUCCAGUGGUCUCCUGCAUUGGCACAGGAACUAAACACAUUAGAUUUCUUUAAUAUGAGUCAUCUUCUUAAAAAUAGUUUGCAAUGGUAAAAAGUGAUGAAGAUAAUACAUCAAUUUCAAGACACCACAGGAGUCUGAGUGUUGUGUGGCAUGGGAGAAACUCUGAUCUAUUUUUGCAGGUGAAAAAUUGUUGACGGUGUUUUACCCAAAUGUCUUAGUCAUCUAGUGUUGCUGUAACAGAAAUACCACAAGUGGGCAGCUUUAACAAACAAAUUUAUUUUCUCACAGUUUAGGAGGCUAGAAGUCCAAAAUCAGAGUCUCGGCCCUAGGGAAAGGCUUACUCUCUCUGUGUCUGCUCUGGAGGAAGGUCCUUGUCUCUUUGAGCUUCUGCUCCUGGAGCAAUCUUCAUGUGGCUUGGCAUCUCUCUUCACCGGUCUCUGCUUGCUAGCUUGCAUUUCAUCUCUUUUAUAUCUCAAAAGAGAUUGACUCAAGAUACACUCUACCCUAAUCCUCUCUCAUUAACAUCACAAAGAUAGCCCAUUCCCAAAUGGGAUCAUAACCGCAGGCAGAGAGUUAGGAGGUAUAACACAUAUUUUGGGGGGGCGCAGUUCAAUCCAUAACACUAAGGAAAAAAGAUUCUAAUACCAUGUGUACUACCCUGCCACCUUCUUUUGGUGCAAGCUUUGGAAAAAUAAUAAGCUUAGUAGCUAUAAAGUCAGUACAGCGUAAUCAGAGUCCUUCGUCCCCAUACUUGGGUAAAACAAGGAUGUGAAGGUGCCCCCCAGAAAACUAUGCAUCAGAUGAAAUCUACUACAAUGGGACGAGAGGCUUUCUGCACGUAGCCAAAGCCAAAGCGACAGAACAAAAGCCAGAGACGGUAUGUAUUUAUAAGUUACUUUUCUAACCUAUUUCAAGAUAACUUUUCUCUUUUUAACUGUAUAAAAUAACCUGUUUCAACAUGGGGGUUGUGUUAAUUACACAUUAUUAUGUAAUAACCCAAGAAUAUUGAAUUUAUACAAAUCUUAUAGAUAUUCAAAUGCAUUAGUGAAUUUAUUACAAACUUAUUAACACAACACAGAUGUAUUAUUUUGUUGGCAUGGGCUGCAAAAUAAACCCAACGCAUCACUUUUUCAGUUUUCAUUCAUUUGGUGUCCUCUAAAUUAAUGUCAUAGAGUCUAAAAAUGCAUGUAAAAGGGAAUAAAUAAAAACACUGUAAACCUAAAUUGUCAUUACGCACAUUUUAAGACUGGCCAAUGUUUAAGGCUCAGGAGAAUUGAAGGGGGAGUUCCAUUAACACAAAGCUUCUGAGGUAUUUCAAAUAAAUAUUUCAAAAAACAGUUGCUGAAUGUAUUUUACUUCUGAGUUACAUUGCCCUGAUUUAAAAAAAAAAAAAGGGGGGGGGACUCUCUACUAAUCCUGAAAGUCAUAUUGCAAUACUUGGCUAUAUCUGAGCCUCUCAGCCAGGUUCCCUUGUACAGCAGCAGGAUUUCAGAGAAGUCCACAGAGCUGCUCGUAGGCUGUUGCCUCACCUCCUCUGUCCCUGUUUCUCACCCCAAUCAGAGGCCAUUGUCUUUGCUACCAGGAAGCAUCUAAGAUCUCACUACUCAAAGUGCAGUCCCCAGACCGGCAGCACAGGCAUCUUCUGGGGCCUUGUUAGAAAUGCAGAAUCUCAGGCCCCACCCCAGACCUGCUGCAUCACAGCCUGCAUUUAACAAGAUGCCCAAGUGGUCGGUAUG